ACACAAUCACAUGACCGGAUAUCGUCUGACAUUGGUUACUAAGAUUUUAACGAUAGAGAAUAUCAAUAGUGGCAAAAUGGCUUCCAAUAUGGAGGGUUCAAUCCAUAGAGGAUGUGACUUUAUUUUUGACUUCAAUUGUUUCACCUGUCAUGAAACUAACAGAAACACAGAGGCUGAAUUUUACUGUAAGGAAUGUUCCAAAUUGUACUGUAACAAAUGUGUGGAGCAUCAUAACUAUCUUUACAAGAAGCAUGCAAUUUUGGGCAAAGAAAACAUCAGCCUAUGGCCUGAGACUGAUGUGGUUGAACAAGAGAAAUGUAAGGAGCACCGGAAAGAAAAACUGACCAUAUUCUGUGAGGAGCACAAUGUGCUGAUAUGUCAUGUCUGCCUUUUCCACAAUCAUCAGAAAUGCAGUCAUUUGGUUCUAAUAUCUGACAAAUUGAAACAGCUGCAUCAAAAAGGAGACUUUAACCAGUUGUCAGCAACUAUUUAUACACAACACCAGAAAUUGAUACAUGAGAAAGAUGACUUAGAGGAGAAUAUUAAGUCUCUUGAGAAAUCGUACAAGAAAAUUUUGGAAGAAAUCAAUGUUUUACGAAAGACCAUUAAUGAUUCUUUGGAUCAACUGGAGAAAUAUACUAAGAAGGAGAUGGACACAUUUCUGGUCACAAUGAGAACAUCAAUUCAAACUGACAUUGAAAACUGCACUCAGUCCAUCAAAAAUAUUACAUGCCUGCAUGAAGAUUUGCUGAAAAUAAAAGACAAAAGUGAAGCACUUAGUUUUAUCAAGUACAGAAAAUGUCUUGACCAGUCCCUUAAGCUAGAAUCAGUUUUACAAGAAAUGACAACAAAGACUGAAAUGACACUUACCUUUAAGCCUGAUACAACCAUCCAACAAACCCUGUCCACUCUCUCAGGAUUGGGACAAAUACUGAGCACAGCGCGACAAUCACAACCUUUUAAAAGGACAACACAGAACACGGAUAGCAGACAGAAUAAACCUAAAGAUACCAGCCAGUCUGACCCUGGACACCAAACAACUUCAGGAUUCAAGGUAAACAAAUCCAAUCCAGAAUCCAGUACAUCUAGAAGUUAUAGCCCUGGAAACCAAACAAGUGAUCUGACCAAGUUAGGACAGGUUUCUGAUCCAGUAUCAAGUUCAUCACAUAAGCUGGUCCAGGGACAUCAACCAGGGGCAGUAAGCAAGUCUGAUCAAAUCAUAAAAGUGAAGAGUAGUAAGAAGUACAGAAUGAAUAUUAAGGGUGAUUACACAUGCUUUAUAAGCAGUAUCUGUGAGACAGCUUCUGGAGAACUCCUCCUCACAGAUCUGAACAACCAUAAUGUGAAGCUCCUGGAUCAGACCUACAAGGUGGUGGCCCACUGUGUCUUGCCUAGGUCACCAUGGUCCAUGUGCAGCAUUGACUCCAGUUUGAUGGCUGUUACCGUAGAAAACAAUGAGGUCCAUUUUAUUAGAGUGACCAAUGGCCAGUUAAUAAAGGACAGGAUACUGAAGCUCCAACAUCACUGUAAUGGUAUUGCCCAUCAGAAUGGUAACCUGUACAUUACAGACGGUAGAGCUCUGUAUCUCUAUACUCUGGAUGGAAGUCUGGUGAGGGAGAUGUAUAAGGAUACAUCAGGUUACAAUGAAGUUACCUCCUGUGCAGUGAGUCCAGAUGGAGACAGGAUAUAUGUGACCAACAAUAACAGUAACCAGCUGGUCACCCUGUCCAGGGAUGGCACAGUGAUCUCUACCCUGACUGUACGUGGACUGAACUCACCGGGAGAAGCAUGUGCAGGCUUACAUGUGACUGAUUCAGGACAAGUUCUUGUGUGUGGAUACUCUACAGACACAAUCUACCAGGUGGACAGGGAUGGGAGACAGAUACUGGCAGAGGUGGUCACAAAGAAUGAUGUUGUGACUCGCCCUAUAUCUGUCUGCUACAGCAAGCACACAGGAUCAAUCCUUGUAGGAAUGUGGGACAAUAAGGACAUUAGAGUGUUUAAGGCACAGUGACUGUUGGAGUAGGAUGAUGUCCAUGUAUUAGAAUGUACACAUUCAUGAUAACAAUUUUCAUUUGAAACCGUGUUACAUUUUUGUAUGCAAUGUAUAUAAGACACAGUGACUGUUGGAAUAGGAACUAUUCAAUAUUCCCUGUAUGAAACUAUUACAAAUAUCCCAUGAAACAUCUUUUCCAAAUCGUCAUCAGUGAAAAAUAUAAAUUGAAAUAUGCUCAAAUAUCAUUAGCAAAAGAAGCAACUAAUUAGUUUAAUUUAAACUAAGUUUUAAAGGAUUUUACAAGCAUUAAAGAACAGUCUAUUAAAAUGAUUUUGUUUGAGGAUUUGUUUACUUAUUGUUUAUAAAUAUCUUAUGAUAUUGUUCAUGAUAUGCAUAUCAUUAAUAAUUUUAUGAACAUUGUCUGUCAGUGUAUUAAAUAUUUUGUAAACUUA